AUGAAAGUACUCCUAUUGUUACUCGGAUCUUUCACGGGCAGUCUCGUCCAAGCCCAGACUGGCGUUACCCAUCCCAUCUCAGAAGAAUGUGGCCCUUCGGUUGUCUGCGUCAAUCACUAUGCGAAUGUGCUUCCCUACCACUUCUUUCGCAAUGUAAGCACCAUGGACGCCGUUACGACCUUCGGUGAUACCACCGUAGCAAACGGCACCGUCCUGCAAGACGUCAAGACCGCGGAUUUCAUUGUGUAUAACAAAGAGAAAGGACUCGAUAUCCUAGGCUCGAACCCGAGCUACGAAUACGUUUUUGCCGUGAAUGAUGCGGUGCAUGAAGCCCCCGUCUACGUGGCAUCGCAGAACAAACUGUACCUCUCGCAGCUCGCGCCGCCGCCAGGCUAUCUUCCGCAGCUGGUUGUCGAUCUCAACCAGGAUCCCCCAACACUAUCCGAAUACCUCUCUGAUCCACCAGUCUAUGCCCCCAAUGGCGGCACGUUCCAUGACGGCAAAAUCAUAUGGGGCGCAUCUGGCGGCAACAGGUCAAUUGGCGGGACUGAACAACGCAUCUCCCUCAGAACCUUAGAUCCAGAGACAAAUAAAACAACGAGCCUGGUCAACAACUACUUUGGAUACUACUUCAACACCAUUGACGACAUUGCCGUGCAUCCCAAGACUGGCGAUAUCUGGUUCACAGAUCCACAAUACUCCUGGUUCAACGAUAUCACAGACACCCCUCCUCAGCUUCCCUGUGCCAGUUACAGAUAUAACACUUCUUCUGGGGCUGUGGUAGUUGUGGACGACUCAAUCGGUCAGCCCAACGGGAUCGCUUUCACUCCAGAUGGAUCUAUCGUAUACAUCAGCGAUACUGCGGCAGUCAGCGCUCCUAUUGAUCCCAAAUAUGGCCAUCCGGGCAGUACGUUUAAUACCACGCAUCGGCGGUAUGUAAAACCUGGACCUGAUAUACUCGGAAGACCCGAAAGGUGA